CUUUCAAAUUUGGAAGGAGAGCGGCCAUGGCCGCCGCGCCCUCUGGAACAAGGGCAAUCUAGUGCUGGGCGCCAACAACGACUCCUCGACUGCGACUGAGACGGCUGCAGCGGCGGAAUCAGAACGGAGGCGUUCGAAUUCAUAAAGGACAACGGAGGCCAUGGCUAUGGUCGCCAAUGGCAGCUCCAGGCUAGGAUCUAUGGUUUCCACCUAUGAAAGAUGCUUUGAAAGUGGUGCGAGGAGUGGACCUGAGGCAGAGGUGAGCCGUGAAGAGUAUCUCGCCGAAGAUGAGUUCGAGGAUGAUGAUGAAGUGGAGGAAGAGGAUGACGAUGAAGACAGAUUCAGAGGAUAUUCAGGUGGUUUCACGUCGCCGCCGGCUUCAUCGAGCAGCGAUGAUUCAUUGAUUUGUUACUCACGGAGAAAGAAGUUUCUGGUAAACGAUUGCGUGAAAAUGACACAAAUCUCCAAUAUGAGCUCAGCCUCCGCACGCCGUCAGAGUCGUCGUCGGCUUUCAGAGGCUUACAUGUUCUGAACGACGAGAUUUCUAUGCUUGGCAGUGGAAGGCCGGCGAAGCUCAGAUGAACAUACCCUACCGGAAUGGGUCGGUUGAAAGAUCCGAAUCGAGAUCCUCGUUAAUCGUUGACGCAAAAGAGCGAUUUCAUCACUGAGGAGGUGCAGUCAAGUCGAGAUCUCACCGAGUUUUGUCGACUAGCGGGUGGAGACAGGAUUGAAUGAUGCGGGAGACCCAUUACGGUUGAAGUACUAAAUCAAAUACAUUGAUCCAGUUAACAUAUUUCAA